AUGGAGACCUCAACUUCCAGGAUCGUUCUUGCUGUACCUAAGCAGCAUGUCAAAACUGUAAAGUCUGCCCUCGAGCGGGCCGGACAGUUAGAUCGGAGCAGCAAGAUUGUCCCUGAGUUGACUGACAACGGAGCACCAGAACCUGCCGUAAACUUUACUGGCCUGAAACAAGAUGCUGAUUCAUUAGAUUCGUCUCCACCUGAAGCAGAAACUGCAGUAUCACCAACAGAAGCCUCGCAGGCACCACCAAGCCUUACACAGCAGUCACGCUUCCCGAGGCUCCACUUCGACGCGACCAGCGGCGAAUAUGUCGACCGGUCAUUCUUAGAAGACAGAGCCCGGGAUGGAAGCCAGAUGAUUGAAGAUCAGCUUCCGAAUCUGGCGGCUGACGCACCUGGUGACCGCGACAGUCGUAUCAGGUUUCCCACCCUGCAAUUCGAUGUGGUUAGAGGAGAAUAUGUCGAGCCUUCUACCAUCAAUGUGGAAGCCAACAAGGCUAGAGAGACUACCCCAAAGCGCAUGCGUAUCCCCACGACCAUUUCGUGCCCUACGCAAUUGAACGGCUCAGACGACAUCCUAAAUCUGGAGGGUUUAUUAUCCAAGAUAAUAGGGAGUCUUGCACUGGACGAGAUUUCCACAGACAUAUCCAUCUCACACCACGUCCCAAGCACGGCAGCAUCCCCGCAUGGGGCUCACCGAAGCCCCCUUCAUAAGGCUUUGCGAAGCGCGCUCACUUGUUUCCUGGAUCUCGCAUCUGUACCAUCCACACUCACGGUCGAAGCACUUGUCACAGCUUUCCCAGAUGGAUACUCAGUCUACAAGCCCAUGCUUCUCCUUCCGCACAACGCCUUAUCCUCCACACCGUGGCGAGCCCUCAUCGCCACCUAUCCACCAGACUCAGAGAAAAUGAAAGCAGCAUGGCGGGAUAUUGCGACAUCAGUGGGCGCAACGCACGUCGCCAUCAACGCGCCUAUACCCAUAUCCACAUCUUCGACAUCACCAUCAUCCGACACCACGACAGGCGAAGAGAACAUACUGCGUAGCCCAUCCAAUCUCACACCUCUAUACGGCAAUUUCGGUCCUGCACCAACACCGCAAACCAUCACCUCACCAUCAGCAACAGACUUCGCCGACGCCCUAUGGGUGACUGCGCGUCAGAACGGUAUUUGGCAGACCUGGGCGCCGCUCUAUACGAUGUUCAGCCGUGGCAAUGUCAAUGAGAAAGCAAGGAUAUUAAAUCUCCCUUCGGUCAAUGAUCCGAACGUCGCAUCAACAGCCGUCGAUCUUUACGCUGGAAUCGGCUACUUUGCCUUCUCGUACAGAAAGAGUGGAGACAGACGGGAUACAGGAAUCAAGCAAGUUGCGUGUUGGGAGAUAAACCCGUGGAGUGUUGAAGGACUACGGAGAGGUGCAGAGAUGAAUGGGUGGACGUGCCGAGUGCUCAAAAAGACAGACAUAGAGCGACUGCAUGAAAAUCCCGCAGUGGACGAUUCCAACUUCCACCAAGCGGAUCUUCUGGUCUUUCAGACGAGCAACGAAAGUGCUGAGACGGACUACGCGUUACUCCCAUCGCCCAAGCCACCUGUUCGACACGUCAAUCUAGGCUUGCUGCCUUCCUCCAAGCUGUCAUGGGGUAAUGCGGUUGCAAUGCUUGACAAGCAGCUCGGAGGAUGGAUUCACAUGCAUGAGAAUGUGGGCGUCAAUGAUAUCGAGACGAGGCGAAAGGUUGUAGAAGAGAAAUUCCAGAGUUUGGUGGACAAGAGGGAUGCUACGUCGAGAAGGAAGGCUCUGGUCGAACAUGUGGAGAAAGUGAAGAUGUAUGCACCUGGUGUUGUGCACUGUGUUUUUGAUGUUGUUGUUGGAGGCGAUAUCUGA